GUCAGCUCCAAAGGAGCUCUAGCCUCUCCACUUCCUGUCGGUUCGCAGACUCGUCACCAUCUUCCAUGAGGCCGAUGACUGUGGGGUCAUUUGCAAACUUCGGGAGUUUGACAGCCUGGGGUACUGAGAUCCCCCAUUCGUCCUUCCUUGAAUGAUCAUGUGCAACCACUUCCUGCCUCCGGGUUGUCUCCGUGUGUGCCCCUGCAGGGCACGUUCGUGCAUAUCGAGGAGUCUGCCGAUGGACUUCCAGUAGUUGCUUGGGCGCCGCCUGUUCCUUGCACCCCCCACCCUCCUCCUCUUCCUCUCAUCACCAUCAUCAUCUUCACCAUCAUCAUCAUCUGCAGUAGCAGUCCAGUGCUCCCGGACCUAUGAAGAAAGCGUCCCCCGUCGUCCUCCCCAUCAGUGUGAUCAUCGGCACCUCCCUGCCUACCACGAUGGGCUGCAAGCUCCACGCUACCUUGUUGUGUUGAUAACGAGAUAUUUCAGCUAUCAAAUAUGAAUCAUGCGUUUGAUAUUUUUGGACACUUUGUUCGUCAGCAUCCUCACGCUUUUGCUUCCCGCAUCACAAGCGUCAUUCGCUUCUCACAGUGCAGAGGACAAGGUUGAGAGGGACGCAGUGCCGGUGAAGCAACAGGCGACUGCAGCACCCGCUUUGGAAAACACAACCCACGAUGCGGUCCAGCAGGUGAUCGCCUACCCAUCCCGCCUCAUCUAUUACCUGAACGAGGACUUUGAGAGUGCCUACCAUGACCUGGACACGCGGGCCAGGAGCCAAGCCACAGUGGGUCAGGCGAUCCAUCUUGCUCAGGUCAGCUUCCAACUAGAAGCAUACGGCACCCGAUUUGUUCUGGAUUUAACCCUGAACAAUGACCUGCUGUCUUCAGAUUAUGUUGAGAUCCACUACAAGGGGGAGAAACCUGUCGUAUCAAAGGGUGGUGAGCACUGCUACUACCACGGGCAGGUGAGAGGCAACGGUGGCUCCCGUGUGGCCUUAUCUACCUGCAACGGGCUGCAUGGGAUGUUUGACGAUGGAGCCUAUGUGUAUCUAAUUGAGCCACUACAACAGACUCACUCAAUCGACACAGCUGGAAGGCCUCACCAGCUCAGAAGAACCGCCUCGCUCCAGUGGAAAAAUGAGUCAGAGCAACUCACGGAGGAGGAGAAGCUCCUUUCGGAGCUGGAGGACUUGUCCUGGCUGAAGCGCCGGAAAAAGCGAGCCAUAUCUGUAUUUGAGGAGAUGAAAUAUUUGGAGAUCAUGAUUGUCAGUGACCACAGCAUGUACAAACGACACAAAACCAAGCAGCACACCAGGAAUUUUGCCAAGUCAGUGGUGAACCUUGUGGAUGCUGUCUUCAAAGAGCAGCUGCGGACCCGUGUGGUGCUGGUUGCUUUGGAGAUCUGGACGGACAAAGAUCAGAUUCCGGUCAGUGUGAGGCCAUUAGAAAUGCUGCGCGAUUUCUCCAAGUAUCGCCAGCAGAGCAUCAAGCACCACGCAGAUGCUGUCCACCUCUUCUCAAACGUGACCUUUCACUACCGCAGAAGCAGCGCAGCUUACUUCGGGGGCAUGUGUUCCGUGAGCCGGGGGGUUGGCGUCAAUGAGUAUGGCAGCACCUGGUCCAUGGCGGGGUCUUUAUCUCAGAGCCUGGCUCAGAAUUUGGCCAUCCAGUGGGACCCUGCAUCCAAGAGAAAGGAAUGCGGUUGCACAGACUCAUGGACUGGCUGCAUAAUGGAGGACACUGGUGUCCAACACUCGCGGAGAUUCUCCAAAUGCAGUGUCUCAGACUACAAGGACUUCCUCUUGAAAGGCGGAGGCUCAUGCCUGUUUAACAGGCCGACAAAGCUGCUCGAAACCACCGAGUGUGGGAAUGGAUUUGUAGAAGUGGGAGAGGAUUGCGAUUGCGGCGCAAGAGCUGAGUGCUACAAGGGGUGUUGCAAAAAGUGUUCGCUGGCCAACGGGGCGCACUGCAGCGACGGCCCCUGCUGCAAUACCACGUGCCUGUUCUUCCCACGAGGUUACAGUUGCCGCUAUGCUGUGAAUGACUGCGAUAUCUCAGAGACAUGCUCUGGGGACUCUGGACAGUGCCCUCCCAAUCUUCAUAAACAAGACGGUUACCUCUGCCAGGUGAAUCAGGGGCGGUGCUACAGUGGAGAGUGUAAGACCAGAGAGAACCAGUGUAGAUACAUCUGGGGGCCAAAGGCUGGAGGUUCAGAGAAGUUCUGCUAUGAGAAGUUAAACACAGAGGGCACUGAUAAAGGCAACUGUGGAAGGGAUGGUGAUAAAUGGAUCCAGUGCAGCAAACACGAUGUCUUCUGUGGUUACCUCUUGUGUGCCAACAUUGGCCGCAAUCCCCGCAUUGGAACAAUGAAAGGAGAUAUCACCCCCACCUCUUUUAACCAUCAAGGAAGGGUGAUAGAUUGCAGUGGUGGGCACGUUCUUUUGGACGAUGAGACCGAUUUAGGCUACGUGGAUGACGGGAGUCCUUGUGGGCCGUCAAUGAUGUGCCUUGACCACAAGUGUCUUUCCAUCCAGUCACUCAACAUUAGCACCUGCCCCACUGGACCUAAUGGACAAGUGUGCUCAGCCCACGGGGUAUGCAACAAUGAAGCCACAUGCACUUGUGAUACUACGUGGGCAGGUACAGACUGUAGUAUGCCUGACCCACCUAAAGUCCCCGAGACUACUCCAACUCAAGGGCCCAAGGUGAGCGUGGCCACUAACAGGCUGAUAGGGGCAGUAGCAGGGACCAUUCUGGCCCUGGGGGUGAUUUUUGGAGGCACAGGGUGGGGAAUAGAAAAUGUGAAGAAGCGGCGGUACGACCCCAACGCAACAGCCAUUUAAUGCUGAAGGGGCAGACGCCAAUCGCAGACGGACUUCUCUGAGGCUUCCUUAGUUGGCGACCUGACAGCUGGACUGCACUUAUUCCUGCUGACCUUCAGCAUUAGACUUACUUGAAUAAGAAUAACAAUAUAUAUUAAAAAGAAAAACAAUGUAGUGGACAUUUUAACAAAUUCCAUUGUAUUGACAUUAGACUCGCGCAGCCUUUUAGCUUUUUCACAUCACUCAUCACACGCAAGCCUGAUGUCUAGAAUGACAACGCUCCUCCAGCAUCCUCCUUUUUCAGUGCCAGUGCACAGGUGCCGAGUCAGGAUCCACACUGCUCUCACACCUGGCAUGAUUCUCCACACGUCCAGCGCUGCUUGCUGGCCCUCUGGCAUGAAGAGCUCCUCUCCACGGGCUCUGCAUGGGCUGCGUAAGCUGUGAAAAUUCAGCAAAAAUACAUCCUUCCAAAGAGAAAGGAAAGCACUGCGGGGCGAGGGGGAGAAAAAAAGCCUCAUUCAACCUAUGAUGAUAUGACAGUGGACUGCAUGUGGGAUGCAGGCCAUAUGGUGAAUAGUGUCAAAAAUUGUAAAUAAUUUGAGCAUUUUAACUUUGAAAGGAUUUUCAGAUGACUUCUUUUUUUGUUUGACAUGAGCAUGUUUUAUAGCAGGCGGGCUAUUGAAACACUAAUAAUUAUGAUUUGGGGACAAAAAUAGAACUUCUGGAUCUUCGCCCUAUGGCUUCCUAGAGAAGCGUGUCAGCUCGAGCGAGAUCAAGUGCGACACGCCGUCCCGUCGCAGUAUUGAAAGUUGAGAAAAAGCCAAAGAAGCAAUCACCGUGAAACAUGGAUGUUGCACACGGAGCACUUUGCCCUCUACCGUGUCCAGCCAGGGCUCACCCAUCAACACCCCACCACAUCCGGCUUAGCCUUUUACUCUCAUAGACUCGUAGUAGGAAUCAAGUCUACAGGAAGCGCUGCAUGCAAUCACUACUGUAUAAUGGGCUUAUAAUAAUUCUAUAUGGGAGUCCCCCAGGAUCUGCAAGAAAAUAUGCUAAAAAAAACAUAAGGUGCAUGUCAACAACAAAACCAUUUAACUUUUAUUUACUAUGCAAAGGAGCGAUAUUGCACAAAAGGGAAAGACUUGGAAUUUGAAAAACCUUUCGCUAAUCAUCGACUUCCACGUUUGGCCGCUCAUUUAUCUCAUUAUGUUUUGCUUCAAAGAGCAACGGCAACAACUAAAAGACACGGAUUCAUAUUUACGAUGACGAAUAAGCAAAUGAGAGCACUUCUUUGUGUGUGUGUGUGUGUGUGUGUGUGUGUGUCAUCCGAUGUUUUUAUUCACUCGUUCACACUAAAUGGUGCCUGUACAUACUGAGGUCUCGUGCAGGGUUCUUAUUGUUGUCCACCCCGGAUGGUGGCAAGUGUGUUCCCUCCAUGUCUGUCGUCUGCUCGUCCACCAAUUUCCUCUCUCACUGCAUCAUGUACUCUUGGACUGGUCAAUAAACUACUGACUCCUUUUAA